AUGCAGCAGCUGUACAGAUCUCUAGACAUCUCCAUCCACUUAUAUGGCCUAGUUGCACGCGACUGUGAUUCUACUAAAUGGCAUUCUGGUCCCAUAAUUAUGAUCGGCUUGGUAUGUGUGAUCUUCAACGUCUGGGUGAUAAUACGGGACCCGGUGACGUGGGAGAGGCCCGACAAGUUCGUGCCAGAGAGGUUCCUGGGCAUGGCCGAUGCGGACCAGGCGGUGGACUUCCGGGGCAAGGCGUUCGAGUUCAUCCCGUUCGGGUCCGGCCGGAGGCUGUGCCCCGGCGUGCCGAUGGCGGAGCGCGUCGUGCCGUUCAUCCUGGCCUGUCUGCUGCGCGCGUUCGAGUGGCGGCUGCCGGACGGCGUGUCGGCGGAGGAGCUGGACGUGAGCGAGAGGUUCACCACCGCCAACGUGAUGGCUGUCCCCCUCAAGGUCGUGCCCGUCGUGGUCACCUAAUCAAUGGACGUCACAACGUGGAAGUACACGUCGCAGUCUUUUUCGCCAAGAUUUCGAUCGUGAUUGGAUUACUCAUCUGUCUUGUGUACAUGUCAACAUAACACACCAUCUUAAUUAU